ACAGGCACGGGUCUGAUGGAGAGAGUCUGCUUGGCCAAAGGGCGAUCGAUGAACGGAGCACAAGAAGAGGAAGCAAGGAAGGAAGCCAACAACUCACUCAUCUUUGGGGACGUGUGGGAAACGAGACGAAAUACCAGAAUCUCUUUGACUUGAGGUGCUUCCCCCCAGUAUUCGGUUGAGUAAUUGCCCUUGACGAGGCUGUGGACGUCAUCCUCUCUUCAUCAUGGAACAGCCUGUUCCAGUGAAGGAGGUGAAAAUCCUCGAAACCGCUGAAGACAUCCAAGAUCGCCGUGAACAAGUUCUUCGACGAUAUUUAGAAUUCAAGGAGAACGCCCGUCUCAAGCGCGAUCGUUUAGAAGAUUCUCGUCGGUUUCAGUACUUCCGUCGAGAUGCCGAUGAAUUGGAGUCCUGGAUUUACGAGAAGCUCCAGGUGGCCUCGGACGAGAGCUACAAAGAUCCCACCAACCUCCAGGCCAAGAUUCAGAAACAUCAAGCAUUCGAGGCUGAAGUAGCCGCUCAUUCCAACGCCAUUGUAGUCUUGGAUAACACCGGUAUGGAGAUGAUCCACCAAGACCAUUUCCAGAGAGAUGCCAUCAAGGAGAGGCUGGAUGAGCUCCACCGCCUUUGGGAGCUGCUGUUGAGUAAACUAGCCGAAAAAGGACUUCGUCUUCAGCAAGUCCUAGUCUUGGUUCAAUUUCUUCGUCAAAGCGAUGAAGUGAUGUUCUGGAUCCGCGAUAAAGAGGCUUUUGUGACCUCGGCUGAAUCAGGUCAUGACUUGGAACAUGUUGAGGUAUUGCAGAGGAAGUUCGAUGAAUUCCAGAAGGAUAUGGCCAGCCAGGAGUACCGGGUGGGCGAGGUUUGCGAAACGGCAGACCGAUUGAUUGCUGAGCAACACCCAGAAGAUGAACAGAUCUCCAACAAGAAAGCAGAAUUAUUAGAGGCAUGGGAGCGCUUGAAGAAGCUCUCGGCAGCCCGUCAAGAGAAGCUUUUCGGAUCGCAAGAAAUUCAGAAGUUCAACCGCGAUGCCGACGAAACCAUCAGCUGGAUCAACGAGAAGGACCUGCUCCUCUCCACUGACGAUUAUGGUAAGGACUUGGCCUCUGUUCAGACCCUCCAGAGGAAGCACGAUGGCUUGGAGCGGGACCUGGCAGCUCUGAGUGAUAAGGUAGGCACUUUGGGCAAGGAAGCUGAUCAACUCUGUCAGCUCCACCCAGAAAACGCGGAUGAGAUCAACGCCAAGAAGAACGAAAUCAUCAGCACGUGGGAAGCGCUGUGUGCCAAGGCCACCGAGCGAAAGCAACGUUUGGAAGAGUCCUACCUCUUGCACCGAUUUCUCGCCGACUUCAGAGACUUGACGUCAUGGAUCAACGACAUGAAGGCCGUCAUCACUGCCGAUGAAUUGGCCAAGGACGUCAACGGGGCUGAGGCUCUUUUGGAGAGACACGCGGAACACAAGUCCGAGAUUGACGCCCGUGAAGACUCUUUCCGCGCCACUGCUGAAGCUGGACAGAUCCUUUUGGAUAGCAACCACUAUGCCUCCGAUGAGGUCAAGGAGAAGCUGGUUGUUCUGGCUGAUGAAAAGACCCUCCUCUUGCAAUUGUGGGAAGAACGACGAAUUCUCUACGAGCAGUGUAUGGAUCUGCAGCUCUUCUACCGCGACACCGAGCAAGCUGAUACUUGGAUGGCCAAGCAAGAGUCCUUCUUGUCCAACCAGGAUCUUGGGGAUUCGUUGGACUCUGUCGAAGCCAUGAUGAAGAAGCACGAAGAUUUUGAAAAGUCGCUGGCCGCUCAGGAGGAGAAGAUCAAGGCUCUAGACGAGUUUGCUACGAAGCUGAUUGAAGGACAACAUUAUGCCGCUGAUGAUGUGGCUGAAAAGCGAGCCUUGCUUCUCCAACGCCGUUCUGAAUUGAAGGAGAAAUCCGCCCAGAGGAAGUUAGCCUUAGAGGAUGCCUACAAUUUCCAUCAAUUCGAUCGGGAUUGUGAUGAAACCAAAGGAUGGUUGAACGAGAAACUCAAGAUCGCCAAUGACAAGAACUACCUUGACCCAACCAAUAUCACAGGCAAGGUUCAGAAGCAUCAAAACUUUGAAAUCGAACUUAACUCCAACAAGAACCGAGUGCAUGAUGUCAUUAAGACCGGAAACAACCUCAUCGAAGACGAGCACACCAAGUCCGAUGAAAUACGGUACAAGGUGGAUGAGAUUGGAGGCUUGUGGGAUGAUCUCUUAAGCGCGAGCGAGAAGAAAACAUUGAAGUUGCAAGAAGCAUCGCAAGGCCAGCACUUUAACCGCGGAGUAGAAGAUUUGGAACUCUGGCUGAGCGAGAUUGAAGGGCAACUCAUUUCUGAAGAUUAUGGCAAGGAUCUCACGUCGGUCCAGAACCUGUUGAAGAAACAUGCUUUGAUGGAGACUGACAUUGGGUCUCACCAGGAUCGUGUGGAUGGUGUGCGUAUUUCUGCCGAUCAGUUCUUACAAACUGGACACUUUGAUGCCGACAGUAUCAAAGAGAAGCAAAGCCAUCUGAUGUCCCGUUAUGAUUCCCUCCUGAAGCCAUUGAAGGACCGCAAACAGAGACUGCAAGAGUCUCUGGCCGUACAGCAACUCUUUCGAGAUGUUGAGGAUGAAGAAGCCUGGAUUCGCGAGAAGGAGCCCAUUGUGGCCUCCACUAAUCGCGGCAAGGACCUCAUCGGUGUACAGAAUCUUAUCAAGAAACACCAAGCCAUGACUGUUGAGAUCAACAACCAUGAACCGAGGAUCGAUAGCGUCUCUCAAACUGCGCAGCACAUGGUUCAAGAGGGACACUUUGCCUCUGACGAGAUCAAGAGUCGCUUGGGAUUGCUCCACGAUCAUUGGAACCAAUUGAAAGAGAAGGCAGCUCAACGCAAACAAGACCUGGAUGACUCGAUUCAAGCUCACCAAUACUUCACUGAUGCUAAUGAAGCCGAGAGCUGGAUGAGAGAAAAAGAGUCCAUUGCCGGCAACGCCGAUUACGGUAAGGACGAGGAUUCAGCGGAAGCCCUGCUCAAGAGGCACGAAGCUUUCAUGAGCGACUUGGCAGCCUUUGGCAACACCAUCAAAGAUCUUCAAGAUCAGGCAGCUAAUUGUAGGCAGCAAGAGACGCCAAUUGUGGAUAUCACUGGUAAAGAAUGUGUCAUGGCGCUCUAUGACUACACCGAAAAAUCUCCCCGUGAGGUCUCCAUGAAGAAAGGUGACGUGCUCACCCUCUUGAACUCGAAUAAUAAGGAUUGGUGGAAGGUCGAAGUCAAUGAUCGCCAAGGCUUCGUCCCAGCCGCUUACGUCAAGAAGAUUGACCCCGGUUUGACGGCGUCCCAACAACAACUGGUGGAUUCAAGCUCCGUGGCUGCUCGACAAGUUCAAAUCGAGAAGCAGUACAACUCUCUGCUGGUCUUGGGUGAAGAGAGGGCUAAUAAGCUGGGCGAAUCUUGCAAGGCUUACCAUUUGGUGCGGGAGGCGGCUGAUUUGGGCAACUGGAUCAAGCAGAAGGAGCAGCACGCUCAGGUCCAAGAUGUGGGAGAGGACUUGGAGCAAGUGGAGGUUAUGCAGAAGAAAUUCGACGAUUUCCAGACCGAUCUCAAGGCCAACGAAGUGCGAUUAGCAGAGAUGAACGAGAUUGCCAUGCAACUGGUCACGCUCGGGCAAACCGAUGCAGCCGUGAAGAUUCAAGCUCAGAUCGAGGACUUGAACAAAAAAUGGACCGAUCUCCAAUCUGUCACCCACGAGAAGGUAGUAGCUUUUGAGAGAGCCCAUGAGGUCCAAAGAUUCCACCGUGACGUCGAUGAGACCAAGGAAUGGAUUGCGGAGAAAGACGAGGCCUUGGGCAUCGACGAUCUUGGCAAAGAUUUGCGAAGCGUCCAAGCCUUGCAAAGAAAACACGAGGGUCUGGAGCGAGAUUUGGCUGCCUUGAGCGACAAGAUUAGACGAUUGGAUGACACAGCUGCCAAGUUGACCCACAACCAUCCUGAGUCGACUGAAGUGAUCCGAGAAAAACAAGAGGAGAUUCAUGAAGAAUGGAAGACCUUGAACUCAAAGGCCAUGACCAGAAAGGAGAAGCUCCUUGACUCCUACGACUUGCAACGGUUCCUCUCUGACUACCGUGAUCUUAUGUCGUGGAUCAGUAGCAUGAAAGGGCUCAUUGCUAGCGAUGAGCUGGCCACCGAUGUCACUGGAGCUGAAGCUCUGUUGGAACGUCACCAAGAGCAUCGAACAGAGAUUGAUGCCAGAGCGGGUACGUUCCAAGCUUUCGAGCUCUUUGGUAAGCAACUGCUCCAAGCCAAUCAUUACGCAUCAGAUGAAGUUCAGGAUAAAUUGGGGUCAAUGAGUGAUGCCCGAGAGGAUCUCGAGAGAGCCUGGAUUGCACGGCGAAUGCAAUUGGACCAAUGCCUUGAACUGCAACUGUUCUAUCGCGAUUGCGAGCAAGCUGAGAACUGGAUGACGUCGCGUGAGGCCUUCCUGGCCUCCGAUGAAGACCAGAGCGAUGGGGCCGACAACGUGGAAGCCAUGAUUAAGAAGCACGAGGACUUUGAUAAAGCCAUUAGUAACCAAGAAGAGAAGAUUGAGGCUCUCUCCACCUACGCUGACCAACUCACGGGAUCUGAGCACUAUGCGGCACCAGAUAUCAGUGACAAGAAGACCGAGGUCCUCGAGCGCUGGGAAGAGCUCAAGAAGGCUCUGAUCGAAAAACGGUCUCUGUUGGGCGAGUCUCAAACCUUGCAACAGUUCUCUCGUGACGCUGACGAGAUCGAGAAUUGGAUGUUGGAGAAGAUGCAGUUGGCCGAGGAGGAGAACUACAAAGACCCGGCCAAUAUUCAAUCCAAGAACCAAAAACAUCAAGCAUUUGAAGCUGAGUUGCGCGCCAAUUCGGACCGAAUUCAGUCGGUGUUGUCUAUGGGACAGAACUUGAUUGAGAAGAAAAAAUGCGCUGGAUCCGAGGAAGCCGUCAUCAACCGCCUUCAAUCCAUUAAGGAGCAAUGGGAGAUUUUGACUCAAAAAACGUCAGAGAAGUCCAUGAAACUAAAGGAGGCCAACCGGCAAAGAACCUUCAUUGCUGCCGUCAAGGACUUGGAUUUCUGGUUGGGCGAAGUGGAGUCUCUCCUCAACACGGACGAGUCUGGCAAGGAUUUGGCUUCUGUGCAAAAUCUAAUGAAGAAACAUCAACUCGUGGAAGCCGACAUCAUGGCUCACGAGGACAGGAUCAACGACAUGAAUGAACAAGCCGACUCUUUGAUCAAGAGCAAGCAAUUUGACGAUCAAGACAUUGAUUCCAAGCGACACAACAUCAACGACCGUUACAAGAAUAUCCAAAAUCUGGCAAGUCAACGUCAAGCCAUGCUGAAUGAGGCCAACACUUUGCACCAGUUCUUCCGGGACAUUGCCGAUGAGGAGUCCUGGAUCAAGGAGAAGAAGCUUUUGGUUGGCUCCGACGACUAUGGGCGAGAUUUGACCGGAGUUCAAAACUUGAAGAAGAAGCACAAGCGAAUGGAAUCCGAAUUGGCCAGUCAUGAACCUGCCAUUCGUUCCGUUCAGGAUGCUGGUCAAACCUUGAUCGAUGUGUCGCAAAGAGGUGGAGAUGAGAUCAAAGAGCGACUUCGACAAUUGGACGAAGUUUGGAUGGAACUGAAGGAGAUGGCGAGUAGUCGGGAGAGGAAGCUGAAUGAGUCGGUCACGUACCAACAAUUUUUGGCCAAGAUUGAAGAAGAAGAGGCUUGGAUCUCGGAGAAGCAGCAAUUGCUCACCGUUCCCGACCUGGGACAGAACAUGGCUGCCGUCCAAGGAUUGAUGAAGAAGCAUGAUGCAUUUGAGACCGACCUGUCCCUUCAUCACAACCGUGCUGAAGAGAUCUGCAGUGCUGGCCAGGAGUUGAUUGCGGCCAGUAAUCACCACUCUGACAAUAUCCAUCAACGGUGUGACCAACUCCGGAGCAAGAUGGCCAACCUUGGCGAUCUGGCUCAGUUGAGGAAGCAGAACCUUCACGACAAUUCGGCUUACUUGCAAUUCAUGUGGAAAGCUGAUGUGGUGGAAUCUUGGAUUGCAGACAAGGAGUCCUACAUCAAAUCCGACGAGUUUGGUCGAGAUUUGUCCUCGGUUCAGACUCUGUUGACCAAGCAAGAGACUUUCGAUAUUGGGUUGGAAGCAUUUGAAAAUGAAGGCAUCCAAAACAUCACUGGACUCAAGGAUCAGUUGGUCUCGGCUGGACAUACCAAAUCCAAAGAGAUCAAUCAUAAAUACGACGAGGUGAUUGGGCGAUGGCAGAAGCUAUUGGGUGACUCGAAUAACCGAAAGCAGAGACUGCUCCAAGUUCAAGAGCAAUUCCGUCAAAUUGAAGAGCUUUACCUGACCUUUGCCAAGAAAGCGUCGGCCUUCAACUCCUGGUUUGAGAACGCCGAAGAAGACAUGACCGAUCCCGUGCGUUGCAAUUCCAUUGAGGAGAUCAACUCCUUGAGAGAGGCCCACGCCCAGUUCCAGGCCUCUCUCUCCUCGGCCAAUUCCGAUUUUGAGGCUCUCGCCCAAUUGGACAAAAAGAUCAAGAGCUUCAACGUGGGACCCAACCCGUACACCUGGUUUACCAUGGAGGCCUUGGAGGAGACGUGGCGCAAUCUGAAGAAGAUUAUCAAGGAGAGGGAUGCGGAGUUGGCCAAGGAGGCAGUUCGCCAAGAGGCCAAUGACAAGUUGAGGAAGGAGUUUGCCAAGCAUGCCAAUGCUUUCCACUCCUGGCUGACGGACACUCGUUCUCAGAUGAUGGAGGGCUCAGGCUCACUUGAAGAGCAACUAGCUGCCAUUGGUAUCAAGGCUCAUGAAGUGGCUCAACGUGGCUCUGAUCUCAAGCAGAUUGAAGAAUUAGGCGCCACCUUGGAAGAUCACCUCAUCUUGGAUAAUCGGUACACCGAGCACUCAACCGUGGGUCUGGCCCAGCAAUGGGAUCAGCUCAACCAAUUGGGCAUGCGGAUUAAGCACAAUCUUGAGCAACAGAUCCAGGCCCGCAACCAAUCCGGAGUGUCUGAAGAUGCCCUGAAGGAGUUCUCCAUGAUGUUCCGUCACUUUGACAAGGAUAAGACGGGCAAGCUGAACCACACCGAGUUCAAGUCUUGUCUCCGGGCCCUCGGUUACGACUUGCCCAUGGUCGAUGAGGGUGAACCCGAGCCCGAGUUUGAAGACAUCCUCAACCACGUGGACCCCAACCGAGAUGGACAGGUCUCCCUGCAGGAGUACAUGGCUUACAUGAUCUCCAAGGAGACGGAGAAUGUUCAAUCCUCGGGAGAAAUCCUGGACGCCUUCCGAGCCAUUACCACUCAAGAGCGGGAUUAUGUCACUAAGGAGGAGCUUUACCAUAAUUUGACCCGUGAAAUGGCGGAUUACUGCAUGCGCAAGAUGAAGCCAUAUCAAGAUCCCAACACGGGCAGAGAGGUGAACGAUGCCUUUGACUAUAUGGACUUCACUCAAAGACUCUUCCAACAGUCCUAGAGAAACUCUUAUUGGCCCUCUUGGGGCAUUGAUUUAUCUGUGUAUAAGUUUAGCCGUAAGUGGUGGGAAAUUCUCUCACAAAUAUACGUUCAUUAAUGAUUGGUA